AUGCGGUGUCAGCUUGGUCAGGAUGUUGGCUACUCGAUCCGAUUUGAGGACGUGACUUCUGAGAAGACGAAGAUCAAGUUCUUGACCGACGGGCUGCUUCUGAGGGAGGCGCUGGUGGAUCCGCUGCUGAGCAGGUACUCGGUGAUUAUGGUAGAUGAGGCGCACGAGCGGAGUCUGAGCUCGGAUGUCUUGCUGGGUGUGCUGAAGAAGGUCAUGAGGCGACGAUCGGAGUUGCGGAUCGUUGUCAGUUCUGCAACGCUGGAUGCCGAGAACUUCCUGCGCUUCUUCUCGAGCGGAGGUGACGAUGAGCAGAAUGGGGCGACUGGUAACGGAAGCAUUGUCAGCGUCGAGAGCAGAGCUUUUCCGGUCGACAUCCACUAUCUCUCGGAACCUUGUGAGAACUACGUGGAGCGGGCGAUACGAACAGUCUUCGAAAUCCAUGCUUCAGAACCAGAAGGCGACAUUCUCCUCUUUCUCACCGGCCGCGAAGAGAUCGAAACCGCUGUCGACAUGAUCGCGGAGCGAAUGCAAGCACUGCCACCACACACCGACAAACUUCUAUCACUACCCCUUUACGCCGGCCUACCCGUUGAACAGCAAAUGUACGUCUUCGAACCUGCUCCCGAACAAACCCGCAAAGUCAUCUGCGCCACGAACAUCGCCGAGGCCAGCGUCACCAUCUCCGGAAUCGUCUAUGUGAUUGACUCCAGCUUCGUCAAACUCCGCGCAUACAACCCCCAAACUGGCAUCGAAACCCUCACCGCCACCCCCAUCUCCAAAGCUUCCGCAACCCAGCGAGCUGGCCGUGCUGGCCGCACGAAAGCUGGCAAGUGCUACCGCUUGUGCACGGAAGCCGCACACUCUAGCCUCGCCGACACCACCGUCCCGGAAAUCCAACGCUCCAACCUCGCCCCCACCAUCCUACAGCUCAAAGCCCUCGGCAUAGACAACAUAGCCCGCUUCGACUUCCUCACCCCGCCGCCCUCCGACCUCAUCAUCCGCGCCCUCGAGCUCCUGUACUCCUUAGGUGCCCUAGACGACUACGCUAAACUCACCAAACCCCUCGGGACCCGCAUGGCCGAAUUAGCAGUAGAGCCUAUGCUAGCGAAAUGUCUCCUCUCCUCCCCGGACUUCGGGUGCUUGAGCGAGAUGCUCACGAUCGCAGCGAUGACGAGUCUCCAAGGCAAUGUCUGGUUCAGCCACGACGAGAAGCGCAAAGAGGAGAGCGCACGCCGGAAAUUCGCGGUCGAGGAGGGGGAUCAUUUGACCCUGCUGAACGUCUACACCGCUUUCAUCACGAAGGGCAAAAAAGACAUGAAGUGGUGCCAGCAGCACUACCUAAACUUCAAAUCCAUGACGCGAGCCGUCAGCGUGCGAAACCAGCUACGUCGGUAUCUCGAGCGCUUCGGCAUCGACGUCUCGGAGUCGUUGGCGCAGCAGCCCGUGGGGAAGGUAGGAGGAAUGCCGAUGGAAGAGCAGGUGCGGCGGUGUCUGACGAGCGGGUAUUUCGCGCAUGCGGCGAGGAUGGCGGCGGAUGGGACGUUUAGGAGUGUCAGUGGGGAUGUGGUGUUGCAUGCGCAUCCUGGGAGUUUGAUGUUUAACAGGAAAGCGGAUUGGGUUGUUUUUGGUGAGGUGGUGGAGACGGGGGAGAAGACGUUUAUUAGGGAUGUGACGAAGAUUGAGAAGGGGUGGUUGAUGGAGUAUGCGCCGGAGUAUUAUCGUGUGAGGGGGGCUUAG